AUGGGAAACUCUUGCAUGGCAGCAUCGUCAAUGGAAUCUAUGAAGCAGCCAAAGCCAUGUUCAUCAUCGUCAAGCAACAAGGUGUUUGACGAAGAUGUUUAUCUAGAUCAUCAUCAUCAGAAUAAGGAGAAUGAUGCGUUAGGAAAGCUUAGAGCUUCUUGUGAUGCAAAUGGUAAAGUCACGUUCAAGAUUUCUAAGAGCGAGCUAGCUGAAUUAUUAGGAACGAUUCAACAGAAUAAUAAUAAAAAUCAUCAACGGCCGCAACCGCUGAAGAAGAAGAAGGAAUUAGCUUCAGCAGAACAAAUUCUGUUUCGGUUAAUGAAAGCCAGACACCAUGAAAUUGAAAAAAAGCAUCGCGGUAGUGGUAACUGGAAACCAAUGUUAGAGACUAUUCUUGAAUGUUAA